GGUUGCUACGCGAAGGUUAGAAAACUAAAAACAUUGGAUAAUAAUUUUGUUUAGAUGCGACGGAAAGCAAUAACAUCAGUAUUGCACUGAUAUAAUACUUGUUUUAUGAGUUCCUAUAAUUGUUUGUGCUUCAUAAUAUAAUGGAGGGACCAGGUAUGAGUCUGUUCCAAGGGGCCGCCAGCAUUCAUAUUAACAAUAGUGCUCAGGACAGGCUAGAGGAACAAGAGGAGAUUGAAGACCAGAAGCGACGGAAUGAGGAGUUGAAACAUAAACUAGCAAACGCUUUUGACGAUCUUCAAGAUGACGACGAAGCGAGCUCAGUGAAUAGUAGUGGCAACUUUACAUUGGACGCUCAAACUAACGGAGGAAAUGGUCAUCCUAAUCAUCCUAGGGCCGGCUUGCCCCCAAGUUAUGUGGAUUCUCUAAAUCACCUUAAAGAACUGCAGCACACUCGUGACUCUCCAAAUAUCCAUGAAACCCCCAAAAAUAGGCACACCCCCACCCACCACCAUGAAGACCCAGUGAAACUGCAGUUCAGCCCCUAUGGGGCUGGUGAUGGGCAGAAUCAUUUUUACCAACAGGAAUAUAGGGGACAUUUGAAUGGAAUGAACACCAUUGAUGCAAAACAAGAAUACAUGAAUAAUGAAAAGCUUAAGGUCAUGUAUGAGAUGCGUGAAAAAGAAUGCCAACAGCUAGCAGCACAGAUGGAAAAACUGGACACAGAAAUAGACAGUCUCCGUGCCAGACUAGCAGCUGCCGUCAAUGACAGGGACAAGUCAGAGCUGUCGCUGCAAGAAGCACACCACUUACUGGCUUCCAGUAAACACAAAAUGAUAGAACUGGAACAGCAGGUGGCUCACCUGACGGAGAAGCUGGUGCUCAGUGAGCAGGAGAAGGAGCAGAUGCAGAUGAGCUGCGCGCCGCUAACGUCAGCCUGCAGGAGGUGCAGCAGCGGCUGCACACUUUUCAGGUUGCUCACACGCACGACACUGAUGCACUGUUUCGAGAACAGCAGGAGAGACAUAGAGAGGAAGUCGAUAGACUACACGCAGAUUUAACGAAAGCUAAAAGCAGAUUAGAGGAGAAAGCAAAUGAAAUAAAAAUACUCGAAAAGCGAUGCCUAGAAAAAGACAAAGAGAAAGAGGAACUGUUGAUCGACAAAGGGGCAACUAUCAAUAGAUUGGCGAGCGAACUCGAAGCGGCGCAGAGUCGAUUAGUGAACGGCGA